UAACAUCCUUCAAAUCUAUAUUCCAGAUUUUCAUCACAAACAACCCCUCCAAGCUACUCCACCAAAAGCACUCUCACAACGAAGAAGCUCUUACACCACAACAACCACAUCCAUGGCUACAACCAUUGCUACAAUGGCCAUGCUCAAUGCCAAGUGCUUGAGCAUAAACUCUCCAAACCAUCUUAAUCCUAUCAAGCCAACCAUCAAACCCCUUUCCCUCCUUUCCCUCCAAAGCCUCCCGAAAGGCUUGGCCCACUCCAAAUCCUCCCGAGAUAAUCUGAACCCUUCAUCUCUCGCUGGGACUGCCAUUGCGGGUGCCAUCUUUUCCUCCCUAAGUUGUUGCGACGCUGCAUUGGCGGCCCAACAGAUUGCAGAAAUUGCCGAAGGCGACAACCGUGGCCUUGCUCUCCUGCUGCCGAUAAUCCCCGCAAUAGCUUGGGUUCUCUUCAAUAUACUCCAACCUGCUCUUAACCAACUUAGCCGAAUGCGGAGCGAGAAAGGGAUCAUUGUAGGACUUGGGCUUGGAGGAUUGACCACAUCGAGCUUUAUCUCCACGCCUAGCGCAUCGGCCAGUGAGAUUGCUGCGAUUGCUGAUGCGUCAUCAAACGACAGCCGUGGGUUGCUCCUGUUGUUUGUGAUUGCUCCUGCUGUUUUGUGGGUCCUCUACAACAUUCUCCAACCGGCUUUGAACCAGCUCAAUAGGAUGAGGUCAGAGUAAGAGGCCUUGUGGGUGUGGGUACAAAUGAUGUUGCACCACUUCCUGUGUGUAUGAAUUUUUGUAUUUGGAGUUUAUUAUCCAUGGAAGGUUAUUUGAUGGGUUGUUGUCUUUUUCAUGUGUAUCAUAGCCAAGUGACUAAAUAUAUGGCCUUUUUAUCUA